CAGCUGUACCACACCAACCAAGUCCUCUUCCGCUCCUGGCCGGCUCGCUCCUGCCUCCGCCCCCCCCGGCGGCGGCGAGGAAAGAACGAGUGCGCCUCUUCCUCCCCUACCCACCCACGCCUGCCCGGCCCGCUCGCUCCCCCAUCGAGCGCUCUCCGGCGACCAAGGGCGCCUCGGCGCCCCCUUCCACCGGAGCGGAGCUCGCCUUGCCCGCCCGUCCACCGCCAAGGGGUUCCGUCUGUUUCGCCCGCCGCCGCCGUCGACUCGUCGCCCCCUCCUCUUCGGCGCUACUGGACGGCGCGGGGAGGGGAUCCGUACGGUCCUGGACAGGCCUCUCCUUCGCCUCUCCUUCACCCGCCAGUUGUUGAACUCGGAGUUACACAAUGGAUCUGGAGACAGAAAAUCGUCUUGCCUCCUUACUACUUGAAGAGGCACGGAGAUUACAGAUAGAGGCUGACAGGGAAGGUAUUCAUGCAUAUCUGCGAAAGCCUAAUGUAAGGCAUCGUCCAAACUCACGGUUCCUCACUGCCACAGUUCGUGGAGUUCAGCAAGCAAACCGUGUUGUGGAGGUCAAUGAAAUGUGGCGUGCUAGGGAAAAGGAGCUGGAGUUGGAGUCAAAGAUGAAAGGCAGAAGUAGCAGAAGUAAAGAUCAUGAUGAUUCUAGAGGCGAGAAGCGCAAAAGUGAAAUGAGAAACCAUAGCUCCAGCUCAAGGGUUGAACAAGAAGGGACCACGUAUCGUACUUCUUACUCAGACCAGGAGGAUGGUCUCAAGGAUGAUGAAAUCGAAAGAUUUCUUCAUUCGAGGGUGAAACGAGGACGUGGGGCCAUUGGUUCAAGGAUGGAUGAGCCUGGUCCAUACCUUGAUUCUUCAUCCCGUUGUCAUGACAACGAGCCUAGUCCUGAUGUACGUGUGGAAGAAAAAUGGGAACGUCGAGUACAAGGCCCAGAGAAGCCUUUGUUAUUGAGAUCCAAGUCUCCUGAUGAUCAUUGGUGUAAGGAAACGUUGGAUGGAAGGGGAUCGAGUUCUGAACCACAGAGCGAGAAGGAAAAGAAAAAGAAGUCUGAGAAAAAAGAGAAAAGAGAUAAAAGGAAGGAAAAGGACACGAAGAAAUCAAAGCAUCACCAUCGCCACCGUCACAAAAGCCGAAGAAGGGAGUGAAUGAGUGAUCUUGCCUGUUAGCGAAACAGAAAUGUACACAACGGUUCUGCCCUGAAAGUGGCAUCUAGCUGAUUGUUGCUGUAAUUUGAAACUGUAUUGUAUAGAGAAAUUGGCAUUGUGUAGAUUGCAGAAUGGACUAUGCUUCUUAUAGUACCAUGGUGUUUCAAUGUCACAUUGUUGUUGAGAUUUUAUCACUCUGCUUUAACGUAUUAACACUAUGAAUUGCUCAGCA